GGGCGGUUGUCAGUUGCGUCCUGCGCUUCUGAUAACAGUGCUGCGUUCAGCCCAUAGACUGUAUUAAAACAGGUUCAGCCCGAACAAAAGGUUGCCCACCGGGUUGAGCACCUACCCAUUGCAAUAAUAAACAAUUAUAAUUAUUGUUGUACAGUGACAAACAUUACGCUAUAUUGAUGUGCGCAUGCCUAGUAGCCGUCGCUGUUUCCAUCCUAGCGUAAACCCCGAUGACACUCUCGCUCAUUCAUAGCGGACUCUUCGCGCCGAAACACUGCAUGACGAACUCAUCCGCUUAAGCUACACUUAACCGACAGAUUGACCAUAUAUUCAUUCAGCUGGAGGAGAUGAAGUUGCGGUGGGGCUGGACGUGUCUCUUGUUGCUCUCCAUCUCCAUGGUGACAUGGGCUCAGAAAGAAGAGCUGGAUGACGAAGAGGAGGCUCAAGUGGAAGAUGGAGAUGUGGACGUGGAGACAGACAGUGGAGAAAGCACCGAGGUGGACGCCCAUGUGUCUUUUGAGGUAACGUACAAGACCCCAGUUCCAACAGGAGACGUGUACUUCACUGCAACAUUCGAUGAUGAGUCUUUGAGCAGCUGGCAGGUGUCUAAAACAAUGAAAGAGGAUGCCGAUGAAGAUAUUGCAAAAUAUGACGGUAAAUGGGAGGUUGAGGCCCUGAAGGAAAACAAGGUGCCUGGGGAUUUUGGCUUGGUUCUGAAAUCUCGUGCUAAGCACCAUGCCAUCGCUGCCCUGCUUAACAAACCCUUUGUUUUUAUGGACAAGCCUCUUAUAGUCCAGUAUGAGGUCAACUUUCAAAAUGGAAUUGACUGUGGAGGUGCUUACAUCAAGCUGUUGUCAUAUUCCGAAGAUAUAGACCUGGAGCAGUUUCAUGAUCGGACACCAUACAGCAUCAUGUUUGGGCCAGAUAAAUGCGGAGAGGACUACAAACUGCACUUCAUCUUCAGACACAAAAACCCUCUUAAUGGAGAUGUGGAAGAAAAACAUGCCAAACGACCAGACGUCGAUCUGAAGAAGAUCUACACCGAUAAAAAGACUCACCUCUAUACACUUGUUUUAAAUCCAGACAAUAGCUACGAGAUGUUUCUCGAUCAGUCCAGUGUUAGCAGGGGAAGUCUGUUGACAGAUGUCAUUCCGCCUGUGAACCCUCCAAAAGAGACUGACGAUCCCAAAGACUCCAAGCCGGAGGACUGGGAUGAGAGAGCCAAAAUCCCUGACCCAGAAGCAGUCAAACCUGAAGACUGGGAUGAGGAUGCCCCAGCUAAGGUGCCUGAUCCUGAUGCAGUGAAGCCUGAUGGUUGGUUGGAUGAUGAGCCAGAGUUUGUGUCUGACCCCACUGCAGAAAAGCCUGAUGACUGGGAUGAAGAAAUGGAUGGAGAAUGGGAGGCUCCUCAGGUGGCAAAUCCAGCAUGUUCAGCCGCUCCUGGCUGUGGUGAAUGGAAGCCGCCCAUGAUCAACAAUCCUCAGUAUAAGGGCAAAUGGAAAGCUCCUCUCAUAGACAACCCAAACUACCAGGGUGUGUGGAGUCCACGGAAGAUUGCAAACCCUGACUACUUUGAGGAUCUGCACCCAUUUAGGAUGGAGUCAUUCAGUGCUGUGGGUCUGGAGCUGUGGUCUAUGACCUCUGACAUUUACUUCGACAAUUUCAUUAUUACCUCGGAGAAGGAAGUGGCGGACCGCUGGGCUGCAGACAGCUGGGGACUCAAAAAACUGGUGGCUAGUGCUAAUGAGCCUGGAGUGUUGAGUCAGUUGGCACUGGCUGCGGAAGAUAGGCCCUGGCUGUGGGUGGUUUACAUCCUCACCAUUGGUUUGCCUAUUGGAUUGGCUGUGCUCUUCUGCUGGCCAAAGAAGUCGGAUGAUGACUAUGUGUACAAGAAAAUCGAUGAGCCCAAAGCCGAACCAGAGGAGGUAGCAGAAGAAGAAGAGGAGGAGGAUGACGAGGAGGAGAAAGGAAAAGAUGAAGAUGAAGCAAAAGCAGAGGAAGAUACUGAAGCUACUGGAAAAGAGAAAGGGGACGGGAUGGACAACAACAUUGGAAAAGAUGGUGGAGAUACAGAAGAGGAGGAAGAAGAGGAAGAGGCCAGUAAGCCAAAUGAAACACCCUCAGAGGAUGAAAUGAAGGACGCCGAUGAAGGAAUUCAGAGCACAGGAGAAGAACCUAAAGCUGUGAGAAAGAGAAGAGUACGGAAGGACUGAAAAUCCACAUUUUGUCCAUUUUUCUUCCUCCCUUCUCUCGUUCCUUUGCCUCUUUUUGCUGCAUGCUUUCGGCAAUAUGCCCUUCAGCAUGCGAAAAAACAGCAAACUUAGCCGCUCUCCUGAAGAGGUCAUUCUUCAUCCUACUGAACCUCGCAUCCCCUCUUUCAGUCUUCCACUUAGUUCCUAUCAGUUACCGUUGGGAUUUAGAUACACAAGUCAGACCUGCUGAGAUUUAGCUCCAAGUUUUUCCCAUUUCUUUUUCUUUAUAGAUUACUAUUCAAGUAGUACCGGGCCAGUGUUUCCAAACUAGUAAGUUUGAAUACUGUGAAGGGAAAUGUACAAUGGAUAUUUUAGAAUGACAAACUAGUUUAUGAUUGCCUCAACAUUUCUUGUUUAAGUUAUUCAACAAAAAAAAAAAGAGCUGAGUUUCUUGUGAGUUUUUAAGUUAUGAUCAAUUCGCUCUGAUCAUAUUUAUCGUUUGUAUCUUGUUUGAAAAAUGAUGCAGUUGAGUUUAGAAAUAAGACUUUUUAAUCUUGCAUUCUACUGUCAUUACCACUGUUAGCAGGCUCUGGAGAAGAGCUCCGUCAAACCAGGAGCCGCCUUCAAACAUCUAGGUCAGUAAAGCGCUAGGAAUGCAAAUCAGUAUUGCUUUUUUGGCAUGGAAGAGAGUCGUUACACACAGUCAGAGCUGAUCUCAGCUCAGCAUCAUCACUCGUACUCUCUAACAGCAGACCCAGACACAAGCACACUGAAAACACACUGACCACCAUGUAUGAAGCAGACAGGUUGUUUUUCAGCUGCUGAACAGUUUUGUUUCUCUGCUUUUUUUAGGUUUUGUUCAGCCUUACAAGAACAACCUUUUGUUUACAUGUUUGCAAACUGUUCAUUGCUCUUGGAAAUAAAUAUUUACUAUAAA